GAGAGGGGUUAUCAUUUAUAUUUGCAUUUUCUUAUUCUACCGGGAUUUACAGAUUUUUCGCCAUAUAAAAGGAGAAUGCAGCACAGCAGAGUUAGUAGUCUUCUUACAAGGGUUACACUAUAAUGAAUACCCUAAUCGUAUUAUUGGGGAUCCUAACUACGGUGAUUGCCGUUCCGGCUCCUUUUCCACAUGGAAAACUUGUAACUUACAAAUACAUCGCCGAUGUGAAGGCUGGUGUCGAGCCGUCUUUAUUCGUAUCCAACUAUGGCAUCGAAUGUUUACUUAACGUACAACAUAUCACCGACACAAACUCGAAGAAUACUUAUUAUGUUAAUUUGACCAAUGUGAAAUAUGGACUAUACAAUGGAUUUGUGAAACAUUAUGAAUCAUUGUCUGUUAUGGAAUCGAUCCCCGACGUAGCAAAUGCGAUUCUGAAUCCUUUCCUCAUCAUUUAUGACGAAAAUGGACACCUUAAAGGUGUAAAAUUUAUGGAAAACGAGCCAGGAUGGUCAAAAAACAUGAAAAAGGGUAUCGUUUCCAUGCUUCAAUUGGACAUGACUAAUAUUCGAGUUCAAACUCCGAUAAAAUCACAUAGUUUCAUCGCUCACGAGGAAACCGUUCACGGUACUUGUCAAGUGGCUUAUAAUGUUCAUCCAUUGGACCAUAUAGGAUCUAACAAAGAAUUCGUUGUUACGAAGAUUCACGAAUCGAAGAAUUGUACUCAUUUUUCUUACCACGAGAUGAGCCAUUUUGAUUCUGAGAAAUGUCAUGUAAAUGAAUGGGACGACAUGAGCACUGCUAGUAGACGCAUUUUCGUGGUAGAAAAUCAAGACAAUGAAGUUCUUAUAAAAAAAUUAAUUGGUCAUGGAAUGAUCAACUAUCUACCGUGGGUGGCCGAAUCAGAGGCGCAUCAUCUUCUGACCAAUCAAACGUUGCAUCUGAAAAAUGUUGUUUCUGUAUCCGAGUCACACUUAUCGGACAUCGUACGAUUAAAUCCUUCAAUUAUCGAAAAUGUUAUCUACGAUGAACCUACGACUUCGUACGUUCCUCAAGCUGACAUAGACGUAACUCAUGGUCGACACAUAGUCAAACUCAAUGAUCUUAUUAUAAAAUUGAGAAAGAUGUUGGAUGAAGUUGCCGGUUAUCUCAAAGAAAGCCAAAUCGACAAGAAACAAUCGGAUUGGAAACAUGAUCAAACGAUCAAUAGGAUUUUACACGUUAUGAGUUACAUGGAUGUCACAUCGUUGGAGCAAGUGUACAGCGAGAUUCAAAAUGGUAAAGAUGCCAAUGAGAUAGUAAAGAGAAAUAUUUUCCUCGGAAUACUGUCAAGUGUGGGAACCCCAGCUGCCUGCUUUUUCACGCGAAAUGUAGUUCGAACAAAGAGCGUUCCAAAAUGGAAUGCAAUUAUGAUGCUUGGAAAUCUUCCGAUGCAUGUGAAAGUUCCUUCGAAAAAACUGCUUGUCCAGAUGGAAGAACUUCUUAGCUUAGAUGAUUCUGUUUCUGUGGAAGUUAAGGAAGCAAGCAUAUUCUGUUUUGCUACAUUGAUUCGUAAAACAUUUGAGCACGAGGAGACUGGAGCUAUAGAUCCUCUUUUGGAUAAAUACUUGCAUCACUUCAUGGAACAUAUUAGAAACGAACCGACGCAUCAUAUGAAGAUGGUAUACAUGAUGGCAAUGAAAAACGUAAGAUUAACUCAGAUUCUGAAAUUUUUGGAGCCUAUAAUCCGUGGCGAUGAAGUUGUAUCUGAUAAACCGCACAACAUUCGUGCACAAGCUAUUUGGAUCAUGAAAAACGUAGUCUUCGAACAUCCCCGUUAUUGUUACAACUUACUCUGGCCGGUUCUAACCGAUAUUACCCUUCCAACAGCAGUUAGAAUUGCCGCGUUUGAUGUCCUGAUGAACGAAACUCCUCAAUUAGGACGAUUUAUAAAUGUUUACUGGUUGAUGGUUUACGAAAAGAACGAACAUCUCUAUAAUUAUUACGUGGAUACCCUCAAAGGACUUGCUACCUCGGUGGAUCCUUGUCUGAUGCAAGCUCGAGAAAUGGCUAAGAAAUUAUUAAAGAUCGUUCGAGUAAGGAACGUUACUGGUCCAUUAUCGCGCAAAUUUUAUGUCGAUUACGUGGAUAAUAAAUAUGAAUAUAACGAAAGAGUGAAAGGUUCCUUAAUUGUGGAUCACACAUCUGGUUUACCGUACGUUGGUUCGAUCGAACAUAUCGCAUCUGUUAAAGCACGUAAACCUGUUACUAAAUUAGGAAUCCAUUGGAAUAUAGAUGGUUUGAGCGAGAUUAUUAAGGAUAUCGAUGAAAAUGUGUUCGGCAAUGUCGUACAAGCGAUUAAAAACGACAACGUGAAGAAUGUAUUAAUUUCAGCAGCUAAGAUUAUGCCGAAAAUUAAAGAUAUUAACGUUAAUGUCAUUUUAACAAUGAACGACAAUGUUGUUUCGAUAUUCCAUUGCACCAAGAAUAAUUGGCAGAAAAUUCUCAAUGAAUUGAAACAAUGGAAAAAAUUGAUUACUGAACACAUGGAUGUUAUUAAUUGGCAGACUGUUUUAUAUCACGAUCAUUACGAAAUUCAUGUACCUACUGAUCUUGGUGUACCAGCCAUUUUGGCAACGAGAGUACCUUCUUUAUUCUCCCUCGUAGGAAGCUUUGAAGUCUCUGAAGAUAAAAAUCUUUUAAUCUUGAAACCAAAAAUUAAAUAUCAGCAAUGGAUGCACGGCGAACACACGAUGUCAAUUUACAAUCCUGUUGUCGAUGUAUGGCACUCUGUUCGUAAGACAUCGUCUUUCGAUAUUGUUUCACCAUGUGAAAUGAGCAUUGGCUGGAACUGGAAAACGAAAAGUCUUAAAGUUACAUGGCCAAGAUUGCCAGUUUCGGAUUUCUCGGUUGCAGGAAUAUCGAUUUACGGUAAAAAUUAUAUCACCGUUUUAAACGAUGAGCAUGAUCUGCUGAAAAAGUUCUGUUCUACUUGCCAUCAUUAUGAAGUUGUUACCAAUAACGUCAAUUUGAAAACAUACGAGAAUACUUUCGAUUCAAAGGAUAUUGGAACUCGUUUUAAGAUGCAAUAUCAUUGCGACAAUAAUUUUAUUCCGGUUUCUCUUGUGGAUGAAUGGCUUACAGGACUUUCAGAGUCAAAGACAAUCGAAAACAGUAUGAUACAGGCUGUUAUAGCAAUCCGUCAUAAAAUAAUGAGCGACAUAAUUUUGGGACAAGGAAAAAGUUGUUCUCUCGUAUGUAAAGCUGAACCAAGUAUCGUUUAUCCUACUUCGGUGAUCGACUUAAUUGGAAAAGUUAGCAUUCAAGAUUUUCACGAGACACAAAAAAUGGAUCUUUUACGCAGUAAGAGAAUCGAUAUUCGUGGAAAUUUAAAUGCUAAAGCAGCUUCCACUAAUGAAUCUAUAAGACAAUGGGAUAUGAAUCUUAACAUUGUAUUGUCUCAGGGACAUGUUAAUAAUAGUAUGAGAAUUAUGAUUACUCGUACCAUACCAGAAGAGAAAAAUUUAAAGAUAUGUAUUGAGGCACAGAAUGAAUAUCCAGAGAUUACUGAUGAUUUAUUAACAGUUAAUGGAAAGAAGGAAACUAAUACAAAAAUGACGAUUACUAUGGGACAAACGAAAGAAGAUAAGUGUGUACGCGAUGAAAUGGAUGUCACAAUCAUCAUGAAAGGCGAAAUGUUAGAAGAACAAAAGAAUCAAAUGAGCUAUGACAGCAUGUAUAUUGAAUGUUACAAUCAAAGUCAGAAUCCUUUGUUCCAUACCAAGAGUUCGAAAGUUCCUAAGACUAAAGAAUGCAUUGAAGAAGAUAUACUUCAUUCAACUUUGAGGAAAUAUACUUUAGAUAUGACCGUAAGAAAGGUACCUCAGCAAAUAAUGUCGGCUGUAAAUAUAGUUCAUGAUAAAUUGCGUUCUGUUUUCUUCGAUCAUAUGAAACAUACUUGGAAUCAUGUACAGCCUGGAAACGCGAAGAUUAUCUUAGAAUUCCCAUACUUGACAUCUGUUCUUAAUGUAGCUGUUACAACUUCGACACACAGUUACGAAUUAGUUCAAUUACCAUUUGGUAAUCCAAUUUGGAAUAUAUGGAUGAAUAAUAUUCAUUAUUCUACGUCAAUAUUGAAUGAUUAUUUUAAUGAAAAAAUUAGAUUGUGCACAAUUUAUCCUCGACUUCUUAAUCCCACUAUUAAUGAUGCCGUUACUAUUACUUGGAAUGGUAUCAUUCAAUUUAUCAGAUCAGAUGAAUGGAUCUUGAUGUCUGGUGAUCACAUACAUCAUACGUAUAGUAUCUUUGUGAAAUUAGUACAAAAUAAGAAAUUGGCUUUAAGAGUUUAUAUUGGUGAACAUGAAAUGGAAAUUAUGCCUCUUGAGACAAAAGUAUCUGUGAAAAUAGAUAAUAAAAUUAUUGAUGAUUACCAAAAAGGUAUUACAGUAUCCGAGAACGAAUCACGUUCUUAUCCUAUGAGAUUAACCACUGCCUAUAACUAUGUAGUAAUUGAUUCACAAACAAUACCAGUUCAUAUUUUCUAUAAAGUAGACAGUGUAACAGUUUCUCUGCAUACUAAUCUUCAGAGUCAAGUAACUGGAAUCUGUGGUAACAUGGAUGUUAUGCAUAAAGAUGAAAUUCCAGACGUACAUAGUGUUUCAUAUCUCUAAUAAAAUGAAAUGAAAUCAUCUAAUCAUAUUUUUCAUCUUAUGAAAUAUGUUUAGUGUCAUUAUUUAGAAUCAUUUAAUAGCAGUUAUUGAUUUUAAUAUUAUAAUUAUAUUAACAAUCAAUAAUUUCU